ACAUACAAGACAGGAAAAACAGAGCAACAAUAGCAAUGAAGAAAACAUGGAGCGUGAGAGAAAGAAUUUUCAAACAGGACUACAAGAGGAGAAUGAAGAUGUUUGGAGCACUGGUAGAGAGUGUGGUGCUGUUUGGAGCAGAGGUAUGGGCCUGGAACAUGGAAGAAAGACUAGAUAGAAUAUAAAGAAGAUAUGUGAAAUGGAUCUUAGGUUUAAAUAUGACAACACCGAAUUAUAUAUUGAUAGAAGAAUGGAAGCUAACAGAAAUCAAAGAAAAAGCAUUAAGAAGAACAGCAAGGUACGAAGAGAAAGCCCUAGAGUCAAAAAAGGAAUUAGUAAAGGAGUGCAUAAAGGAAAGGGAGAAAAACUGUGAAAAUGGACAAGAAGGGAAAAGAACAAGAAAGAGAAAGAAGGGACUAAAAGAGGUGAGAAAUGGAGGGACACAGAUGGAAGCAAGAGAAGAGCAAGGAAGGAUGACAGUCUACCAAAUUAUAGAAGAAAGAAGAAAGAGAGAUGCAGAAGAGAAGAAGAAAAGGAUAAGGAAAUCCAAGUAUAAUAUACAUUAUCAAAAUACUUAGAAGGGAGGAUGAAGUGGAAGGAUAGAAAAAUAUUAGCAAGAUUCAGACGUGGAAAUGAGACCAAAGCAAGGGAAUACUGGAAAAAAGAGA